GAGAUGAUGUAUGUAAAGUGCUUUUAUUACCUAACAACAGCAUGACAACAAUCCUCUCUUCCCACCCCCUCUCUAUCUGUGAUCUUUGAGUCCCAUCUCCAGAGGUGCUCUGGCAGCCAAGGUUUGGUUGCUAAGCUGCUGGCCAGGGGCCUGCCUAGUGCCUCUGGGAGAUUGGGUUUCCCAGGGCAACAUGGGUGCUUGCAGAGCAGCUGUGGGCAUCUGAGUUGGCAUGGACAGAGGUCAGAGGGGUCAGUAGCUGCCCCAGUCGUGUAGAGCCGUGCCCCGCCUCUCUCUCCCCUCGGUAUCGGUAUUGAUCGGUAGGAGGUGCAGGGGCGUACUCACACCCGGUAGAUGCAGACUGGAGGCCAAAGCCACACAGGCCUCACACAGGAUGUCGGGGAAGGAAGGGCAGCUGCUUCGGUGGCGGCAGGCUGUGGGGAGCACAGGCAGAGGGGAGAGGACAGCUUGGGACUCAACCUCACGCUGCGUGUGCUUCUGGAGAUCAUGAACACGGGCAGUACCGAGUGUGGCUCCAGGAGCCUUCUCUCCCUUGGGCCUGAGAUAUCCAGAGUCCUGCUAUUGAGUGUCGCCUCUCCCAGCAGAUCAGUGGAGCUGCCCAGGAUAUUGAGGGGCCUUCUGGGUGGCCGGCCCAUCCCAUACCUCCAGGACAGACGGGCUGGCUCAGCUUGGCCAGUCCUUGGUCUCAUUGGGACCAGUUAGCCCAGGCACCCCAAACUGUGCCAGUGUGGGACAAGCAGCCUGGUCUGGAAACCCCCUUCUUCCUGGGGCACAGUGAGAUCUGCUGCUUAUAGUAGGGGGCCCAAGACAAGCCCACACCCCUGUAGUUCUUCCUUCUCUCACUCCCCUGUCUCCUUACUUACCUGAGACCCACAGGUGAGGCAGGGUCCAUGUGUGUUCUAGCCUCAGGGUCUGGGCAGAGGAUGAGAAGGAGAGACAGGGUAUGAAUUUGCCAGCUCUCCUGUUUUUUUCCACGGUGGGCAUCAGGGUGUGGGAAGACCAAUUCUCACUGGCUGGCAGCAAUGUGGGAUGAUGGGGGCAGUGAGAAGGGAAGGAAAUCGCUAGAUCACCUGCCCACAGAGAACUUUCAGGCUAGAUCCACACGCGAGGCACAGACCUGUGUGGAAAAUGAGUUAAGAAUCGGCCACAGGUCAGCAAGCCUCAUGUGACCCGGCCCUAAACCCUGAGUAUCCCACCCCCAAAGGAAACAGAGCAAGGCCCAGCAGGGAGAGCGGCUCAGGGUCUGGUGAGGGACAGAGAGCACGAUGGGAAGGAAUGGAGACCAAGGCUGGGACAGUCUUGAGGAGUUUGGAGGGUGGAGAAGGUGUUUCUUCUUGGGAAGUCGCCCUCUCCGGGCUCAUGUUUCAGCCAGGUGGCUUCCCCGGUGAAGGAAGCGAGGACCCUCAGAGCUCCUUACAUCCCCAGUAACUUUGCCUCAGACCCUUUUGGCAUCAGACUUGGGGGGCUCCUGAGCCUCUCUCUUCUCCCACACCCCUUGUAGAAGUGGCACUGGAGUGUACAGCACCCGAGAGUUUGCCAGGCCGCUCACAGGCCCUCCUGUUGGAGCUCGUGACAGCCCCACUGAUCAGAGCCUACGAAGCAGUUACUGUCCUUUUACCCUGGACCCUGGAGCCCAGAGUCACACAGCUGGCUCCUCUGCCAGUGUACUCCCAGCCUCUGUGCCCCUUUGGUGCCCACAGGGGUGUCCUCUCCCUUAUCCAGGUUAACGUGGCUGGAGAGGAUCCCAGCCGCCAAGAGAGCGGGAGCCCACUGUGAGCUGAGGGCCACCCUCACACCUGACCACCACCUGGGCCUCACCCCUUCUCCCGCUUGAUCCUCUUAUCUACUCGGCCUGGGAGGCAGAUAACAAAGAAGAAAAAUCAGCACUAAUUCCUUAAGCCUCCCAGUCUGGGUGGAGAUAGUACCACCUCCGUUCAUUCAUUCAGGGUGCACGUGGGACGCUGCGGCAGAACAAGAAGGUCGAAGUCCCCGAGUGAGACUAAGAAAACACAUCCUUGUGGAGGGUUGCACGGGUCAUAAACAAGAUCUAGAGCUGUACACUAAGCAGGAUGAGGCGGUUCCUGAGGCCUGGAUAUGACCCUGCGCGGGAGAGGCUUAAGCGGGACCUCUUCCAGUUUAACAAGACAGUAGAGCACGGCUUCCCGCACCAGCCCAGCGCCCUCGGCUACAGCCCCUCUCUGCGCAUCCUGGCCAUCGGCACCCGCUCCGGAGCUGUCAAGCUCUAUGGCGCCCCAGGGGUGGAGUUCAUGGGGCUCCACCGGGAGAACAACGCCGUGGUACAGAUCUACUUCCUGCCUGGCCAGUGCCAGCUGAUCACCCUGCUGGAUGACAACAGCCUGCACCUAUGGAGCUUGAAGGUCAAAGGCGGGGUGUCAGAGCUGCAGGAAGAAGAGAGUUUCACGCUGCGUGGCCCCCCAGGGGCUGCCCCCAGUGCUACACAGAUCACCGUGGUCCUGCCACAUUCCUCCCGUGAGCUGCUUUACCUUGGCACCGAGAGUGGCACCGUGUUUGUGGUCCAAGUACCAGCCUUCCGCACGCUGGAGGACCAGACCAUCAGCUCGGAUGCCGUAUUGCAGCGGUUGCCAGAGGAGGCCCGCCAGCGGCGCGUGUUCGAGAUGGUGGAGGCCCUGCAGGAGCACCCUCGGGACCCCAACCAGGUCCUCAUCGGCUACAGCCGGGGUCUCAUCGUCAUCUGGGACCUGCGGGGCAGCCGCGUGCUCAGCUAUUUCCUCAGCAGCCAGCAAUUGGAGAACGUCUGCUGGCAGCGGGAUGGCCGUCUGAUUGUCAGCUGCCAUUCGGAUGGCAGCUAUUACCAGUGGCCUGUGUCCACUGACACCCAGAGACUGGAGCCCUUGCGCAGCUGCGAGCCUUACGGUCCCUUUCCUUGCAAAGCUAUUACCAAAAUCUCCUGGCUGACCACCAAGCAGGGGUUGCCCUUCACCAUCUUCCAGGGUGGCAUGCCCCGGGCCAGCUAUGGGGACCGCCAUUGCAUCUCCGUGGUCCACAAUGGCCAGCAGACAGCCUUUGACUUCACAUCCCGGAUCAUCGACUUUACUGUCCUCACCGAGGUGGACCCUGCAGCAGCCUUUGAUGACCCCUAUGCCCUGGUGGUACUGGCUGAGGAGGAGCUGGUGGUGAUUGACCUGCAGACAGCAGGUUGGCCGCCAGUGCAGCCUCCCUACCUGGCCUCCCUGCACUGCUCCGCCAUCACCUGCUCCCACCAUGUCUCCAACAUCCCCCUGAAGCUGUGGGAGAGGAUCAUUGCUGCGGGCAGCCGGCAGAACACACACUCCUCCACCAUGGAGUGGCCCAUUAAUGGUGGCACCAGCCUGGCCCCCGCCCCGCCCCAGAGGGACCUGCUGCUCACGGGGCAUGAGGAUGGCACAGUGCGGUUCUGGGACGCCUCAGGUGUGUGCUUGCGGCUGCUCUACAAGCUCAGCACGGUCCAGGUGUUCAUCACCGACACAGACCCCAACGAGAAUCUCAAUGCCCAGGGCGAGGACGAGUGGCCCCCGCUCCGCAAGGUGGGCUCCUUCGACCCUUACAGUGACGAUCCUCGGCUGGGCAUCCAGAAGAUUUUCCUCUGCAAAUACAGUGGCUACCUGGCUGUGGCAGGCACAGCAGGGCAGGUGCUGAUACUGGAGCUGAAUGACGAGGAGGCGGAGCAUUGCGUGCAGCAGGUGGAGGCCGACCUGCUGCAGGACCAGGAGGGCUACCGCUGGAAGGGGCACGAACGCCUGUGUGCCCGCCCGGGGCCUGUGCGCUUCGAGCCCGGCUUCCAGCCCUUCGUGUUGGUGCAGUGCCAGCCCCCGGCUGUGGUCACGUCCUUGGCUCUGCACUCUGAGUGGCGGCUCGUGGCCUUCGGCACCAGCCACGGCUUUGGCCUCUUUGACCACCAGCAGCGGCGGCAGGUCUUUGUAAAGUGCACGCUGCACCCCAACGACCAGCUAGCCUUGGAGGGCCCGCUGUCCCGAGUGAAGUCCCUAAAGAAGUCCCUGCGCCAGUCCUUCCGCCGGAUACGUCGCAGCCGGGUGUCCAGCCGGAAGCAGCGGCCAGCUGGCCCCCCGGGAGAGGUGCAGGAGGGGCGGAUCCGGGCAGAGCGGUCGGGCCUGCAGAACAUGGAGCUGGCGCCUGUGCAGCGUAAGAUUGAGGCCCGCUCAGCGGAGGACUCCUUCACGGGCUUCGUCCGGACCCUCUACUUUGCUGACACCUACCUGAGGGACAGCUCCCGUCACUGCCCCUCGCUGUGGGCCGGCACCAAUGGGGGUACCAUCUAUGCUUUUGCCCUGCGUGUGCCCCCUGCCGAACGGAGGAUGGAUGAACUGGUGCGGGCAGAGCAGACCAAGGAGAUCCAGCUGAUGCACCGAGCACCCGUGGUGGGCAUCCUGGUGCUGGACGGACACAGCGUGCCCCUUCCCGAUCCCCUGGAAGUCGCACAUGACCUGUCAAAGAGCCCAGACAUGCAGGGCAGCCACCAGCUGCUCGUUGUGUCAGAGGAGCAGUUCAAGGUGUUCACGCUGCCCAAGGUGAGUGCCAAGCUGAAGCUGAAGCUGACCGCUCUGGAGGGCUCACGGGUCCGGCGGGUCAGCGUGGCCCACUUUGGCAGCUGUCGAGCCGAGGACUACGGGGAGCAUCACCUGGCCAUCCUCACCAACCUGGGCGACAUCCAGGUUGUCUCGCUGCCCCUGCUCAAGCCCCAGGUGCGUUACAGCUGCAUCCGCCGGGAGGACGUCAGCGGCAUCGCCUCCUGCGUCUUCACCAAAUACGGCCAAGGUUUCUACCUGAUCUCACCCUCGGAGUUUGAACGUUUCUCUCUCUCCACCAAAUGGCUGGUGGAGCCCCGGUGUCUGGUGGAUUCAACAGAAAUCAAGAACCACAGCCGCUCCCACAAUGGAUCAGGCCCUGAGAGGGCCUUGGGCCGAGCCAGGAACUCAGGGAGCCAGAGUGAUGGAGAGGACAGGAGGCCUGGCCCCGUGAUGGAGCACGCUCUGCUCAAUGACGAGAGGGUCCUGAAGGAAAUCCAGAGCACGCUGGAGGGAGACCGAGGGAGCUAUGGCAAUUGGCGAUCUCAGCAAGUGGUCAUGAGGUUGCAUCUGAAUUGCUGUCACUCUACCUCAUUCCGCAGCAGAGUGAGCGGGCCACACGUCCAGGCUGCACGAUGAAUACACUACUGAGGGCUCUUCCUCGGGGCACCGGCCCACCUGGAGGGGCCCAUGCCCUGGGCCGGGCUAGGGGCUGGGAGCGCCCCCAGCUUCCACCCCACUGCUGCUCCUGGCCUCGGGAGAGGAGGGACCGAGACCCUGGGGCUGCCCCUUCCCAGGCCUUGUCUGUUUCCUUCCUUUUGUCAAUGUUGCACAGUUUUUAUCUUCCCCCCCUUUUUUGUAGUGGGCUGGGUUUUAAAUUAUAAAUUUUAACUGCCUCUGGGUGAAAAGAGUUUUUAAUAAAUAAUAAGGUACCUUAUUACCUCUUCACUGGUCCAAUGACUUUAGUUUUUUAACUGUGCAGAAAUUUCCCCCGUAAAUGGAAAUGAUCAUUAGCUGGUUCAUUGUCUUUGCCCUGGGGUUUGUCCCCUGGACCAGGCUGGUGCUCAGAAGAAUCCGCCUCUUAAGCCAUUUGAAUCAGAGCAAACUGUACCUGGUUGUGUCUGAACAAGGCGACACCUUCU